AUGAAGCCCCUUAAGUCGGUUCUCUUCACUUCUCUCCUUUUCUUAGUAUUCGCUCUCCCCGUCGUAGCCUCGCUCCAGAAUCGUCAGCUUCCACCGCCAGGCCAGUCGUCGACCGAGACGUCCACCUCCACCACCGCGACCACUCACUCAGCCUCGCUCCAGAAUCGUCAGCUUCCACCGCCAGGCCAGUCGUCGACCGAGACGUCCACCUCCACCACCGCGACCACCACCAGUGAAACUUCUACCUCCACCACGACCACAGAAACAAGUCAGACAACUACUUCCACAACCCUCAGCGAGACAGAAACAUCGACUACCACCCCACCGCCCCCAACUACUACCACCCCGCCACCUCAGACUGAUCUCCAAACGACCCCCUCACUCUCGCAGUCUGUUACAGUCAUCGAUGGAGUUCAAACCACGGUAACGGUGACUGGGUCGGCCACGGUCACUUCGUCGUCUGAAACGGCGACGGCGACGAACGCCAACAACGAGGAUGAGGACGGCGGCAUCAGCACAGGUUCUAUCAUCGGAAUGUCAGUCGCAGGCGGUGUUGCUGUCAUUGGCAUCAUUGCUUUCUUCGUGUGGAAGUUCACGCGCAAGCGUUUUGCGGAUUUCGACGACAACGAAGCUAUCAAGUGGCCUGAUCUUAAUUCCCACUCUGGUGCGGGAGACUCUCAUCCGCUUCCUGUCAAGAGCACUGGACGUUCGGGCUUCGACACGGGCUCGGACGGUUCGCUGUCCCGCGUGCCCUCCAACAACUACUCGACGGCUGAUGUCUCCUCUUCCGCGGUUGACCCUUAUGCUGUCCCGCCAUUGCCGCACAUGAACCCGAACCAGCCGUACCGUGACGACCCCACUGCUGUAGGAGGCUACUACGACCCAUACCGCGGGCCUGUGCCAGGGACAAUUGAACAUGGAGGUCCAGAAUGGGUUGGUGGCGAGGCUAUUCCGAUGAACCAGAUGGGUGGAAGGAUGAGUCCUGGGCCGCACGUGGCGUACGGCGCUGAACCGGUCUACGAUGCGGGAAGACAGAGCCCUGGGCCGCAGAUGGCGUAUGGUGGCCGUUCGUCUCCUGGGCCGCAGGCGGCCUACGGUGGGAGAAUGUCACCCGGGCCGCAUGCUGCGUACGGCAGGGCAGUGUCGCCUGCACCGCCGCCGGCCGCGGGCUACGAUGCAUAUGGAGGACGAUAA